AUGUUGAAUGUAUAUUUGAUAUUGUAUAUCAACAAUGACACCGGCACCGGGAUCGUACCAGCCCACAGAAUGGGUGCUUCUUUGCUUCUAGACAAGUCCAUCACCAAUUCACCGUCUCCGGAGCUACAACCGAAAGUGCUGCUGGUGGUGGUGAUAUUCGUAUUGUGUUUUGUCGUCGGUAUCUGCGGAAACUCGUCCAUUCUGACUCUUAUCCGAGGCGUUAUGGCCGAUAGAAGAAUUCGAACAGGACGUCAGGGUGAUAACGCAAUCCUCUACAUAGCUGCACUGUGUGUGUGUGAUUUUCUGAUGAGCCUUAGUCUACCACCAGCCAUUCUAGAUAGUGUGAUUGGUUUCUGGAUUUUUGGCACAUGGAUGUGCAAACUUCACCAUGUUUGUGGUUCUGUAGGACGAAUAGCGUCAACGUUUUUAAUCACCGCCAUGAGUUUCGAUCGAUAUGUGGCCGUUUGCCGUCCUCAUCACACUUACCUCAGAAGCCGAUCAUUUGUUCUGGGAGUGAUUAGUUGCCUUUCCGUUCUGGCAUUCUUUCUACUUUUACCAAUGCUUACCUAUGCUAAAGCUAACGAAAUGGUAUUGCAUGAGCUUAAAGCCAUGGAUAGUUACAAUAUUACUCGAGUUAGAGUAUUCAAAUGUUCAGACAUGAUGCCACCGCCUAUUUUCUACUGGUUCACAACGACAACAUUUGUUCUCGGCUACGUGGUACCGUUAAUACUAAUCGUAUUUUUUAAUAUGAGGUUAAUUCGUAAACUCUGUGUUCAUAAGAGGGUAGUUCCACAAUCUUCUAUACCACUUCGACAAAUUGUCAUGUAUACGGUGUUGAUUGCUGCCUUAUAUUUUGUUUGCUGGACACCUUAUUGGUUUUCUGUGCUUUAUGCAAUUGUUAUGUCAUUGGUCGGUUUGCCAACGACAACAAGCGAAUUGCUAUUGUUUGUGAUUUACUGCGUUCACCUAUUACCGUACUUCGGUAGCUCAUCUAAUUGGAUAUUGUAUGGGUUGCUUAACACUCAACUACAGGUAUGGGAAAAUAAUAGUAAUGACUAA